AAAAUAACGUCCUGUUCAUCGCCCGCCGCCAUUUCUGUUUCUUGAAAGGCUUCCAAAACCCUAAACCCAUCGGGGAUUGCUCGUCGGUUUAGAUGGGAAUUCCGGCUUUUUACCGGUGGCUGGUCGACCGUUACCCCCUUUCCGUGGUGCAGGUCUGCGAAGAAACUGCCAAAAUGGUCAAUGGGGUCCGGAUCCCAGUAGACACUACCAGGCCGAACCCUAACGGCGUCGAGUUCGACAACCUCUACCUGGAUAUGAACGGCAUCGUCCACCCUUGCUUCCAUCCGGAAGACCGGCCUGCUCCCAAGUCGUAUGAUGAAGUCUACAAAGCUAUUUUUGCUUACAUUGAUCACAUUUUCUCCAUGAUUCGUCCCCGGAAGCUCCUGUACAUGGCAGUUGAUGGAGUGGCACCCAGAGCAAAGAUGAACCAGCAACGGGCGAGGAGGUUUAGGGCUGCUAAAGAUGCUGCAGAUGCGGAAGCAGAAGCAGAGAAGCUGAAGGAUGAGUUUGAAUCACAUCUUGAGAAAUUUUGUCAUCAACAAACGAGCAAAAUGGAUUCUAAUGUCAUCACGCCUGGAACUUUGUUCAUGGAUUGUUUGUCAUCUGCUCUUCGGUACUAUAUUUGUUUGAGAUUGAACAAGGAUCCUGGAUGGCGGAGUGUUAAGGUCAUUCUUUCUGAUGCUAGUGUGCCGGGUGAGGGUGAACACAAAAUAGCAGCAUAUAUUCGCUCCCAGAGAAAUCUUCCUGGUUUUGAUCCAAACACAAGACAUUGUUUGUAUGGUUUGGAUGCUGACUUGAUAAUGCUUGCUCUAGCAACACACGAGAUACAUUUUUCUAUUUUAAGAGAGGAUGUACGUGUUGCAAAAUUUGAUCAAAGAAAUUCAAAAUCUGUUUACAAAAAGAAGUGUUCAAAUAAAGGAGAAGAAGGAAAAGAGUCCAAUCAUGACAUUGGUUAUGAAGAUUCAAGAAAGAAGUUCCAGUUUCUCAAUAUAUGGAUUUUAAGAGACUAUUUGCAGCACGAAUUGAAAGUAUUUGGUGCAAAUAUGAAGAUUGACUUGGAGCGUUUGAUUGAUGAUUUCGUUUUCAUUUGUUUGUUUGUUGGAAAUGACUUUCUUCCCCAUGUUCCUUCUCUCGAAAUUUCAGAGGGAGCAAUUGAUCUUCUUAUGAUGGUCUAUAAAAAGGAAUUUGCUGCAAUGGGUGGCUAUUUAACAAAUUCUUUUGAGGUGAAUCUAGAGCGAGUUGAACACUUUCUUCAAGUUGUUGGAUCUCAUGAAAGCGCCAUCUUUCGAAAGCGGGUCCAGUUACAGAAAGAAAGAAAUAGUCAUUCCAAGGGUCCUAAUUCCAUGGCAAUUGAGCCACAAGUAGAAUGUGCAUGGAUGGAGAGCUUUGAGAGGUCUUCAAAUUCAUUUGGCAGAAAUAUAUCAGAUAGAAUAUCAUGUGCCACUGCAGAACAUUUUCAGGUAGGGCAGGGAGAAGAAGAUUGGAAGGAAAAGUACUACUCAGAGAAGUUUGAAGUCAACUCUAAAGAUGAAUGCCAAAGAGUGAAGCAAAAUACAGUAAAACACUAUGUGGAAGGUAUCUGCUGGGUCAUGCACUAUUAUUAUCAAGGUGUCUGUUCAUGGCAAUGGUUUUAUCCACAUCACUAUGCUCCAUUCGCAUCUGAUUUUGUUGGUUUGAAGAACUUAGAGAUCCAGUUUAAAAUUGGUGUUCCGUUCAAGCCAUUUGAUCAGCUCAUGGGUGUACUACCUGCUGCAAGUGCACACGCACUGCCUUCAUCUUACAAGGAUUUGAUGAUCAAUCCGUCUUCUUCAAUAAUUGAUUUUUAUCCAGCAGAUUUUGAGCUUGAUUUGAAUGGCAAGCGUUUCUCUUGGCAGGCUGUAUGUAAACUACCAUUUGUUGAUGAAUCACGACUUCUUGCAGAAAUAAAAAGAGUUGAAGACACGCUAACGGAGGAGGAAAAGCAAAGAAACAGCUGGACUAUGGAUGCACUCUUUGUUCAUUUCUCGCAUCCAUUAGCAUCAAAGAUCCUAUCCUUUUAUCAGAGGAAGAAGGAUAAUCCAAAACUGGGAAAGGCCAAACUCAAAAAGAGAAUUGAUCCUGAAAUCAGUAAUGGGAUGAACGGACUCAUUUAUAUUUCAGAUAAGACAAUGUUUUCUUUUGAGAUUUAUUCACCUGUCGAGGGCAUGGAAGCAAUAACUCAAAACAAAACCAUAUCCACGUAUUUCAAAGCUCCUUCUAUCCAAACUCAUAUUGCCAGACUACCAGAUGGCAUCACAUUACCCAAUAAGUCCAUCAGCAAAAAACAUAUUCCACCAGUGCCAGGACUGUGGCAUGAGACAUUGAUAUCGAAGAGGCAAGCGCAUCUCAAUAGGCCUAUUCCUCAUGCAAUUGAGGGGCAUCUUCUAUUGAAAUUGGCUCACAAACUCGUAACAAAUUACUACGACGAAAAGAUGAAGCAAGAUUCGGUAAGACUCGACAAGAAAGCAUUUGAUGAUAAAUGCAACAAGAAGCCCAAGGAGCUAACAACCACCACCGCCGGGGAGAGCGAUGACAACACUAUCAGCAUUCUCGGGAAGAGAAAAUGCAGGAGCCAAGAACAUAACCAAAACACUAACAAAAGGAGGCGGCAUCACAAAACUAAGGGAACAAAUAGACGCAAGCGAAGAAGGAACUAGUUUUAUUUUGUUGUACAUUUGUUAUUGAACCUAUAAAUUAUCUGCUCCAUCACAAAACUAAGGUUACAUUCUUUAUUCUUGCCAUCAGGAAACGAUGUCGAGCAAUUUCAUCACUUUGCUCUUUUUUGUUGCACUGAAAUUAACUUUAAAUGCAUCACUUAAAUUUGAUCAGGCCCAA